CAACGGACAAUUACCAGUUGGUUGGAGAAUAAAGGACCCAAGACAACUGAGUCCAAAAGAUUACACAGCAAAAUUAGUAACAAUACUGAAGCAAAUUCCAAGAUGACUUCCAUUAAAAAAGAGAACUUUUGUGACCAUGAUGUGAGAAAGCUAGAGAAUAUUUGUCAGCAAAAUUAUUCAAAGCUAUCUGUGGAAGUUGGUGCAAAGCAUGUCAAUUUGCCUCAGACAGGCAGCAUGUAUAACUGGGAGGCUGAGGACAAAGAUCCAGUCUUGGACACAGAGCCUGUGAAGGGGAUGCAGUCUGGAGACCUCUUUAAAAAUGCCAACAUUGAUCAGAUGCACAAAACUGGCAAGCAGGCUCAGAGAGGCUGUGAGGAGAGCAGUGAUAAUUGUACUCAGAGGAAAUCAUCAUCUGGCCAGUCUUUGAAAAUGGGAAAUACAAAACUUUCUUCAAAAGACAUUGAGACAGAUGGACAAGUGGCUUCAUGCAAUUCACAGAAGCUGAAGACUUGCGAUUCCGUCCUUUUAACGAGUGAACAAGAAGGGGAUGUAGUUCCAGAAAGUCCACUUUCAGAUGCUGGUUGUGAUGCUUGUAUAUCUGACCUUGGGGGUCCUGAGAAACUGAGCAAAUGUCAGAGCAGUUCGGGGGAUUCACCUGCUUUUGAGAAAGAAAGUGAACCAGAGUCACCGAUGGAUGUAGAUAAUUCCAAAAAUAGCUGUCAUGGGUCAGAGGCUGAUGAAGAAACAAGUCCAUUUCUUGAUGAGCGAGAGGAGAUUAAUAUGUCAAAAUCCAUAAACAAAUCUUUUAGAAUUCAAUAUGGGGAUGCUGAACUGGAGUCAAGAAAAUCACGUUUUUCUGCCAAGGGCUGUGAAAGCUUUGAGGAAAUAGAUAAUUCUGUUAAAGAGGAUGGUCUGCAUACAAAGUCACCUGGGAUCUCUCCUGCUCCAUCAUCAGAACUCAAAGGUGCAAAACAGAGUGUGAAGAGGGACUCCAAAAUCACCUCUCACUUCAUGAGGAUACCUAAAGUUGAGGAGAAAAGGAAAGAAAAGUGUGAAUUCGAGCCCCAGAGGCCAGGAAGGAAGAUUCCUAAAUAUGUGCCACCUCCUCUUCCAACUAAUAAGAAAUGGUUUGGGACACCAAUUGAAGACAUGAGAAGAAUGCCUACGUGUGGGGCUCGUCUGCCACAUCUGCGACCCUCAGCCAAUCAUACAGUAACCGUCAGAGUAGAUCUUCUGAGGGAAGGAGAGGUUCCUAAACCUUUUCCAACUCACUACAAAGAUCUGUGGGACAACAAACACGUUAAAAUGCCUUGCUCAGAACAGAAUUUGUACCCUGUAGAGGAUGAGAAUGGCGAUAGAACUGCUGGAAGUAGAUGGGAACUAAUCCAAACUGCCUUACUUAACAAGUUUACUUGCUCACAUGAUUUGAAGGAGGCUAUACUGAGGUACAACAUUGCUUAUUCCAAGAAAUGGGACUUCACAGCUCUUAACGACUUCUGUGAGAAG